AUGAGGAAAAAUUUGUUCAUUUGGGGUUCAAGCUUGGAUGAAAAUGGUUCGGGCUAUGAUUUGAGGAAGAAUUGUUUGGAAUUUGCUUCAACAAGUUGGGGAAGAAUCAAUAGGGCAAAGCCGUGUUUGAAUUUGGAGAAGAAUCGAUUGGGGACUUCGGUUUGUAAACAUCGUGCUUUGUUUCGAUUUCUCUCAUUCUACACGCGGACAUUUUCUCCCUCUAGGGUUUCUGAAGGAUUAAUAAGUCGGAAGCUCAGACUAAGAAAAAUGGAAAACGGAGGCCAAGAAAUACCUGAAAAUGCCAACGAACAUUGCCCAGGGCCUCAGUCGGAGUCAGCUGGAAAAUCUGAUGCCUGCGAUGGAUGCCCUAAUCAAGAGGCUUGUGCUACUGCUCCUAAAGGCCCUGACCCAGACUUGGUGGCAAUUGUAGAAAGAAUGGCGAAGGUGAAACACAAAAUGUUGGUCUUAUCUGGCAAAGGUGGUGUUGGCAAGAGUACAUUCUCUGCUCAACUUUCUUUUGCCUUGGCAGCUAUGAAUUUCCAGGUUGGUCUCCUUGAUAUUGAUAUUUGUGGUCCAAGCAUCCCAAAAAUGCUCGGUUUAGAAGGGCAAGAGAUUCACCAGAGUAAUUUUGGAUGGUCUCCUGUUUAUGUUGAGUCGAACCUUGGGGUCAUGUCAAUUGGAUUCAUGCUCCCCAACCCGGAUGACGCAGUCAUUUGGAGGGGGCCCAGAAAGAAUGGAAUAAUCAAGCAAUUUCUGAAGGAUGUCGAUUGGGGGGAGCUUGAUUUUCUUGUAGUUGAUGCACCACCUGGGACCUCAGAUGAGCAUAUCUCGAUCGUCCAAUUCCUCCAAGCAACGGGAAUAGAUGGUGCUAUUAUUGUCACCACCCCACAACAGGUAUCUCUUAUUGAUGUGAGAAAGGAAGUGAGUUUCUGCAAAAAAGUUGGGCUACCGGUCCUAGGAGUCGUCGAGAACAUGAGUGGUCUGUGCCAACCCUUGUCGGAAUUCAAAUUCCUCAGUGUGGCGGAGACCGGUGAACAAAAAGACAUGACAGAGUGGGUUAUUGCUCAAAUGAGAGAGAAAGCCCCAGACCUGCUACAAAUUUUUGCUUUUAGUGAAGUUUUCGACAGUAGUGCUGGUGGUGGUGCUAAAAUGUGUCUGGAAAUGGGCGUCCCUUUUCUUGGGAAGGUUCCUUUAGACCCUCAGUUGUGUAAAGCUGCUGAAGAAGGAAGAUCGUGUUUUGAAGAUGUUAAAAAAUGUCCCGUAAGCGCACCUGCAAUUAAGACGAUUGUAAAGAAACUGUUGUCACAAGUCGAGGUAUGA